AUGGUUACCAAAAGUAAAUUGAAGAUGGCGCUUGCAGCCGAUAAGAAAGUCGAUUUUUCGAAAUUACAUCAGAAGAAACAAGCUAAGCUUGCGAGGAAGGGAAAGGCCGUGAAGGGAGACGAGAAGAGCUCGAAGAAGGGAAAAGUUGAGCAGGAAUGGGAAGAUGUUGAGGAAAAGAGUGGGGAUGAGGAGGAGGAAGAGGAGGAAGACGAUGAAGAAGGUGAUAGUGAUGAUGAUGAGGAGGAGGAAGAAGGAAAUGGUCCUACUGAGAUUGACUUCGCAGCAAUCGACGAAAGUGACAGUGAUUCUUCGGUUGGCGGGGAUGAGGACGAUGAAGAGGACGAUGACGAAGACGAUGAAGAUAUUCCUAUGUCCGAUCUCGAAGAUCUUGAUGACGAAGAAAGAGAAGAUAUGAUCCCUCAUCAACGUCUCACCAUAAACAACACAAUCGCUCUUACCGCAGCCCUCAAACGUAUCUCUCUUCCCAUCGCCACUCUCCCAUUCUCUGAGCAUCAAUCUAUUACCUCUGAUAAACCCACGGAAAUCGAAGAUGUCUCUGAUGACUUGAAACGCGAAUUGGCAUUUUAUUCACAAUCGCUUGAGGCCGUGAAGUCUGCGCGAUUGCUGUUGAAGGCGGAAGGUGUACCAUUUACUAGACCUACCGAUUUUUUCGCAGAGAUGGUCAAGGCCGACGAACAUAUGGAGAAGAUCAAGAGGAAGUUAAUCGAUGAAGCUGCUGGAAAGAAGGCAUCUGCAGACGCCAGGAAACAGAGAGAUUUGAAGAAGUUCGGAAAGCAAGUUCAAGUCGCUAAAUUACAAGAGAGAGAUAAAGAAAGAAAACAAACUUUGGAUAAAAUUAAGACUUUGAAGAGAAAACGUCAAGGCGCCGACAACGAAAAUACAAACGAAGCAGAUCUCUUCGAUGUAGCUCUUGAAGAAGAAACCAAAUCCACCGGAGGUCGAAAUGAUCGCAAGGGCGGGCCAAACAAGAGACAAAAGAAAGAUGAGAAGUUUGGACACGGUGGUAAGAAGAGGUUUAAGAAGAGUGGUGAUGCUAUGAGUAGUGGAGAUUUAAGUGGAUUCUCGGUCAAGAAGAUGAAGGGAGGUGGUGCCAAAGGUGGCGCAAAGUCUAGACCAGGAAAAGCGAGGAGAGCGGGUGGAAAGAGAUAG